AUGUCGGGAAUAUUGUUCGAAGAUAUUUUCAAUGUGAAGGACAUGGACCCAGAAGGGAAAAAGUUUGAUCGAGUUAGCCGGCUUCACUGUGAAUCCGAAUCGUUCAAAAUGGAUCUCAUAUUAGACAUCAACUCGUGGCUCUACCCUCUGGAACUGGGAGACAAAUUUCGUCUCGUUCUGGCAACGACUCUGCACGAAGAUGGAACAGCUGCCAGCAUGGAGUACAACGCUGCAGAAAUAGAAGGAUCGCGUGCCGACAGUUUCGAGUACGUAAUGUUCGGCAAGGUUUACAGGAUUGAAGGUGACGAUUCACAGACCGAGUCUUCCAAUCGGCUGUCGGCGUACGUUUCGUUUGGUGGUCUGUUGAUGCGAUUGCAGGGAGAUGCCAACAAUCUACAUGGAUUUGAAAUUGAUCAACACAUGUUUUUGCUAAUGAAGAAGCUGGCGUUUUAGUUUGUAUUCGUACCUGAGUACACUUAACAAGGAACAAACAAUCGCCAGUUUUAUGCACGAAGUCCGAUACAUCCGGAGCUGUAUCGUCCACGUUCAGCAGUCCGAAGUAAAUUCCUAAUGCGACAGCUGCAGCGAUCAGUAUGAAGACAAACAGCAGCGAUAUGAACAUGCUCAUAGCGCAUUGGCAGCAACUGUUAAAAUAGAAAAGAAAAUUAAAUGUAUCUUUUAAUAAACCAUUAUAAUGUUUGCUUGUA